AUGGCAGUUCUACAAUCAAAUCAAAAUACUAUUAUUCUUAAAACAUCAGCUUCGUUUUCAGUAGAAUAUAUGUAUUAUGCAAUGAAUACAAUUUUAUUUAUUCGAGGAUUUUCUACACUUAACAAUUUUACUAUUAAAUAUUAUUUUGGUGUUGCAAUAUGGAUUUUAAGUGAUGAAAAAUUAUCAUAUUACUUUAAGCCACAGCUUAAAAGUUUAAGAGAACUGCUGAUAAAUCGUUUUGUUCGUAAAAUUUUUCUUCACUUGAAAAAUUCAACUACCAACGAAGUUUUGGAACAAUGGAAUUUUGUAGUUGAGUGUAAAGAACAUAAUAAUGGUGAGUUAAAUAAAUAUAAUGAUUUAUCUAUUGUUCAAAAAGAAAUUAGAUAUCUGUUACAACAAAUAUGUUCAAUGAAAAGUUAUUUACCUCUAUCAACCCAGGAAUGGAAUUAUUCCAUAACUGUAAAGCUAGAAGAUCCAAUUAUGUCCAAUUUAAUGGUCUAAACACUUCUUUAACUUUAAAGAAAUUUAAAAUACUUUUGUGCUAGUAUAAAAUUAUGUUAAAAUACUUUUCUUACUACUGUUCAAAAUAAUAAUUUCUUACCAUUUUAAGAUUGUAUAACACGAGUAGUAAUUAUAUUUAUCAUUUUUUCAGU